UCUCGGCCCUGCCCGGACCCGGCGCCAUGUCCCUUCCGCUGCUGCCGGGAUACAGCUUCAACAAGAACCUGGGGAAAGAAAAGUUCCAUAAAUCUCAGCACUGGGGCUUUUGCAACCAUGUCGGCAUGCUAUUAAAUGAAGAUAAGCCUGGAAUAGGGGGUCAACCUCUGUUUGGACGCUCUCUUAAACCCAAAUAUAGUGUUUUUCCUCGAGGACUAGGAAGUGCUGCACCAUCGUGGGUAGCAUUUGACAAACAGGUCCUAUCUUUUGAUGCCUAUUUUGAAGAUGAAGUGCCAGAGAAAAAUCAAGAAUUAUAUAGGAUAAGACAUUGUAAGAUCUACUUCUAUCUUGAAGAUGACACAAUUCAAGUACUUGAACCACAGCUGAAAAAUAGUGGGAUGCCACAAGGAACUUUUAUCCGACGUCAUCGGAUUCCACUUCCGCACCCUAAUGAGGAUCAGUUUUAUACAAUACAUGAUUUCAAUAUCAACAUAGACAUUGUCCUUUAUUCCCGAGUAUUCAAGAUUUAUGACUGUGAUCAGUUCACAAAAAAUUUUCUGAGGAAAAUGGGUAUCGCGGUAAAUCCCCCAGGAUGUUGUCCAGCUGAUCCUUAUAUGAAAGAGCGGAAAAAGACUUUAGACCGCAUGAACCCCUUCCGUCCUUAUGAGCGCUUUGAUACCCUGAGACAAUUCCUGGAGCACGACGGGCAUGUUUUGCGUUUUUACUGCUUGUGGGAUGACUCAGAAUCAAUGUUUGGUGACCCCAGAGAACUUGUUCUUCACUACUUUUUGUCUGACGAUACCAUUGAAGUCAAAGAAGUGAUACCAGCCAACUCAGGCAGGGAUGCUGUUCCAUUGUUCCUUAAUAGGAGAAAGCUACCCAAGUUUGCUCCAACUGGAAUAUAUCAUCCUGGCCAAAUCACAGAUCGAACAAUUCUCAAUGUUUUUGGAGGAUUGGUGGGAAAUCGAGGCCGAUGUCUAUUGGAUAAUUGUAAGACAGGAGCAUUGAAACAGGAAUUUUACAAAGCCGAAGAUCUGAAAAUAGGCGCAAUAAUUAAUAUUUGGGGGAGAAAAGUACUGCUUUGUGAUUGUGAUGAAUUUACGAAGCAAUAUUAUAAGACUAAAUAUGGAGUUGUGGACUUUACCCCAAUUCCAUACAAGAAUCCACCUCCUCCCAAAGUAGAAAAGACAUUUCCACCGUACCAUGGAUAUGGCUCUGAAGAGGAUUCUCUUUGUUCCUGCUUAGGACUUAUGCCCAAACCACCCCAGAAAGAUUUCAAAAAAUUUAUGGAAAAAGACAGCUUUGGCCUUGUGAGUCACGUACUUCGGUUUCUUGCAAAACUUGAUACGGAAGAUUGUGUUGACAAGGACCGGAGAUUCAUCAUUUCUUAUUAUCUCAGUGAUGACAGCCUUUCAGUGUAUGAGCCUCGAAUGAGAAACUCAGGGGUACUUGGUGGGAAAUUCCUGGAAAGAGGUCGCAUAAAGAAACCCGGACAAUUACUUUUUAAGAGUGAGCCCUCUGAGUUCUACAAGGCUCAGGAUCUGUUUGUUGGUGCCCACGUUUGCUUCAAUGGACAUAUCUUCAUUUUGUUGAAUGGUGAUGAAUAUGCCUUCACCUACAUGGAACAGCAUGCAGAUGAGUUUCCUAUGAGCAACAUUGAACUUAUCCUGAAAAAAUUGAAAGCUAUUGGAAGCCCCAGUGCCAGAGAGAUCAAGCUAGUCUUUGCAUCCACUGAUCCUAAGCACACAAAGGUGCUGGAUUAUGAAACAUUCAGAGAUGUAAUGAUGAAUAUAACAAAUGGAAAACUUACAGAGCAUGAGAUUAUGACAAUUGGACGUUACUAUAGUGUGAGAGAAGACUCUGAUGCUGAUCUGACUUUCCUUCUUGCACUUGCUCAAGAGCAAUUGAAAAAAUACACCUUUGAGGUUUUUGACAAAAUGAUUGCCAUGUGCAUAUACAAGGAUCAGGCCAAAAUAGGAUUAUUGCCCAGUUCAGCUGUCAGGACUCUCUGCAAGUCCUUUAGGAUGCCUGUGUCAGAUGAUCUUUUAAGAGCAUUACUAUCCAAGUUUCAGGACAGCCAGGAACACAUCGACUAUCAGAAGUUUUUCUGUGCCAUAAACUGGAGAGUCAACCAGGUUCCUCCUUCCCAGGCGCUCACCCGUCCAAAUAAUGAAGAUGUCUGGAGUUAUGUGGCUCCUCCUCUUCCAGUGAAAUGCAUCAGAUACUUGCCACUCCUGGAGGAUUUAUUUGGUCUUGAAGAUCAAUCAUGAUGUCAGUAUAGGUCACCUCCUUUUGAAAUUAGUGUUUUUGCUUCAUCAGGGUUACCAGGAUGAAUUCAAUUUCUUUUAAAAUUAGAAAAACAAUGAUAUAUAUUGAAUUUAAAUUCUGAAUUCCAAUGUAAAAGUAUAGUUAAUCUAUUCUGUCAUUUCUGAAUUUCAAAAUAUUAUGUUGCUGUAACACUGAAACUAA